CCGGCGCGAAGGGAAGCGGAAACAUCUCCGGCCCCGAGCCCGCCGGUCCGGUAGGCGGCUGCGCCCUCGGCGGCGCGCUGGGCUCGCAGACUCCUUCCGGAGGGAGGCUACUCUGGCCAAACCGCACUUGCGGUGUUCACAGUCAGGGCUCUGUGGCUUUCCGCCCCCCCACCCCCGCGCCGCCCUCCGGCGCCUCCCUAGCGACGCCCCUGGCGUAAAGCCCGCCCCCUGCACGCGCCGAGCCGCCACUUCCGCCCUCGCGCUCCGCUGGGCAAGAUGGCUGAGGAGUCGGAGUCGGGGCUGCAGCUCCCUCCCUCGACCGCUGCUGAGGGCGAAGGACCUACGGAGGUCUCCCCGGAAACAGCCACUCCGGAGCCCCCUUCUUCCGCCGCCGUCUCCCCGGGAACAGAGGAACCUGCUGGCGACACCAAGAAAAAAAUUGAUGUCCUCUUGAAGGCUGUGGGAGACACCCCUAUAAUGAAAACAAAGAAGUGGGCUGUAGAGCGAACCCGAACCAUUCAAGGACUCAUUGACUUCAUCAAAAAAUUCCUUAAGCUUGUGGCCUCUGAACAGUUGUUUAUUUAUGUGAAUCAGUCCUUUGCCCCCUCCCCAGACCAGGAAGUUGGAACCCUCUAUGAGUGUUUUGGCAGUGAUGGUAAACUGGUCCUACAUUACUGCAAAUCUCAGGCAUGGGGAUGAAGUGCAGAGAAAAAGCUCUUGCUACCCAAAUGAAUCUUCACAAAGGAAACCGCUCUGGGAAAAGUUUUCAUCCUGUGACAAGAGACUUGUGUAUGUGAUCUACUCAGCAUGUAUCUACUAUGAAUCGUGUUUAUGCAUAAAGAAAUUCAUAGAGUAGAUGGACUCACAAAAAUGUGAUUUGUAUUAAUACACAAAUCAUCAUCAAAGGUUGGCUUUACAGAAUACCCAUUACUACAACAAUUGCCCCAGAUUGGCCACCAAGGUAUUGAAAAAGGAGACUAAGACUGUAGAAAGCUUCUUUGUUACCAGUUCUUAGUGACUGAAAUUGUUUACUUGUAGAAAGAACACUCUGCUGAUUUUUUUCCACUGACUUUUACAGUGGAAAGUAUUCUUUUUGUGCAUAUUCAAGGCAGUUCAGUUUGUUUGAAGAAUAGGAUAUGCCUGAUUUCUCAUGUACAUUUAGCUCUACAAUGUUAGGAAACAGGCCUUUGACCUGCUGGCUUUGUAUCUUAACACAGUCCAGUAGGGGGCAGCCUAGCCGGCAGAAGGAGUUAAGCAGUUUGGUUUUUGCCAGAUGAUCAUGGAGGAAAAAAGUGGUUCUUGCUAAUUUCUAGCAAACAUCUAGCUAAGAGAGCACACAUGUUGAUGCACUGGAAAGCUGCUUUAGAGAAUAUGCGUGAUUUAGAGUUAUUUUAUUGGGAAACAAAGAAUUUUAGAAAUUCUUGAUAAUUGAGUCAUACAAUUCUUUUCAGUCCUAUAAUCAUUUAAAAGACUGUGAGUCCUAAUGAUUGUAACUAUGGUGUUGUUUUGUGUCUUAUUUUUACAGUGUCAAAAGCACUCAACUAGUAAACCUGGCAACAUCUUUUGA